GAGAGCAGAGAGGCAGCACUGCUGGCUACCUCUGACAGUCAGACAGAGAGGAGCAUCUACACAUUCCACUGCUACAGCAGCUAGACUGAUGCUUGCUGGCUGCAGUCCUCUCCCCCACACACCAUACUGACAAACUAUUACUGCAGAAUAGCCGGAGCUGCCUUACUUUUAUACAUACACCAGCUCAGUAGUCUUGGGAUACACCUCCUCCGCACCCUCUUCUCAUUGGCUGACAGUGACGACAGUCCUGACAGGGCAGCCCGACCAUCUCAUCAGCUGUAGUAGUCAGCUGUGGACUGCCCACCGGGAUAGUACUGUGUUUUGCAUCCAUGUGUUGUACAAGUGACUAGCCCUACCGGCUCGUCCAACACCACCCUGGACAACCUGGGUUAUGGUACUGUGAGCUGGCCAGUGCUUGUAGCCUGCUGCUGCAGGACAGUUCGCGCUGUCACCCAGGACAAUUUCCACCAUUCAGGCGGCGUCCACGGCAGGCAAGUCGUCACAGCAGCGACGGCGACGGCAACAACAACGACGAAAGGACACUGCUAAAAGUCUGGCUGCUGCUACAACCGUCAGUAAAAACAUGGCCUGUCUUGUCCAGAAUACGUCGAAUGUGGAUUCCAGUAGCGGGACAAGUUGGUCCCCCCUGUACGGGGGCGGGUCCAAACUUGACAAGGACGCUAUCCAGAUAAUCCAUUGCAUCUAUUGCAAAGAUUGCCGAAUGGAGAAGUUGGCUGCUGAAAGAGCAAAACAAGCUGGGGCGGGGACAUCUACGGACCAAGACCCACCCACACUAUCACCUUCUAGCCCUCACAAUUUGCUGGACGAGAUCUCCCUUCAGCAGACCAUGGAUAAAAACAAAGAAUCAUUGAAGAGAAAGCUUAUGUUAAGGAGGUCGGUCAAUGAACUGGUCGACAGGGGAAUAUAUCCACCUCUGAAAACCCCUCCAGCAUACGCUGAACAGAGGAAGCAGUUGGAAAGGGCAAAGACUGGAGACUUAUUAAAACACAAAAUCCAGUCUCGCCCUGACCGACAGUCGCUUGUUCAACAACACAUUCUAGAAGACACUAAAAUUGACCCAUCGUUGCAUGAGAGACAGAGAUUGCUUAAAAAAGCUCGUCUGACUGAUGGCCUCAACACCAAACUUGCCAAUCGACCAGGGCCAUUGGAACUGGUAGAGGGAAACAUAUUGAAAACAAGCGAUGAGCUUGUGGAAGCCAUUAAAGAUGGAUCUAUUGCCUUCAAUAAGACACGGGAGAAUGAGGAUAUCCUCAUGCAACCUCAACACUUCCUGUUUGAUGAAGAGAGCAUCAGUGAUGGAGCGCCAUCGCCCCCUCAGGAUGACUCCAGCUUCUCGGACAUCAGCAGCCCCAAUUCCAUGCCCCCGCCUCCUCCUGAACUCCCGGUCUCCAUGCAGAAGAGCCCCCCACCACCUCCUAUCAUCACCAAGAUUUCAUCAAGUGUGUUGAGCAGCCACCCAGUUACAUCACCCAAAAAUGGGAAUUCCAGCAGCAAUGGCAACAAUAAAUCAAGACCAAAGAAAUCCAAGCCAAAGACUGCACCUAAAGCUAAAGUUAUCAAAUUCCAUGAAUACAAGGGUCCACCAAACGUUGUUAAGAACCAACAGAGUUCCCAACAGAACAACAACAACGAAACUCCUUACCACGUCAUGCUGCAGCAGCAGCAGCUGUUCCUUCAGUGGCAGCUGGAGUUCCAGCAAAAGAACCUGCCAUUCCUCCUGCCAUCACAGAAGCUGGGUGAAGGGCAGCUCCCUCCUGCAACUGUCGGACUCCAACCCCAAGGCAAUCCCCCAAACAGCAUGGUAGUCACGGCACCAAUGGUCUCUACAGUUCCUAAGACUGAGACAACUCAGUCUGUCAUCCAUGCUCCCACUGUAGUCCAAACACAACAGCCACAGCAGCCACAGAUUAAACAAGAGAUUGUUCAGCAACAAAUCUCCCAACCACCAUCUCCAGUUGUACAGUCCCAUCCUCCUCCAAGUCGACAUUCAAGCAGUAAAUCAGCUGCCAUCAAUGCUGUGGCUGCUUCCCAUCCUAAACUGACAGGAAACCUGGAGGAGUUGAAGGUUGCUGACUUAAAAGCAGAGCUGAAGAAGAGGAACAUGCCUGUGUCUGGCUCUAAGCCACAGCUCAUCGAGAGGUUAAAACCAUACACAGAAGUAGCACCAGUGGCUGCCUCUCCUGCACCUGUUGCAGUAAGCCCAGCCAAUUCACCAAAACCAACUGUUACAAUAUCCCUUCAGAGUCCAACUCCUCAGGAUACAAAUGUGGUUUCUCCACCACCCAUACAGACUGUGAAUGCUAUACUUAGUGUACAGUCAGUAGCAUCUAAUGAAGAAGCUAGUAUUAUCAACUCUCCACCGACCUCACCAUCAUUGAUGGAAAGUGUCCUAACUCCACUCUCUCCUGAUUCAAUGGAAGUGUCUAGUGCUGGUGUGACAUUAAACCAGUUGAAAAGUCAGCACAGCUCUAAUCAUAAUUCGGUACCUAUGUCCGUGGACCACCAGUCACGACCACCGUCAGUGGUGUCAGCAAUGUCCACUGAGGUGGCGAUGGAUGUGGACCAGGUGCCAGGUGAACCCGGUCAGAGUAUUAACACUAUUACCACUCUCAGUCCAGCAGUUCAAAUGCAGAUCCAACAGGCACAGCUGCAGCAACUGCAGAAAACCCAAGUACAGCUGCAACAACUGCAGCAGCUUCAACAGCUGCAGCAGAUACAGCAGGCACAGUGCCCAGCUCAGGCUCAGCAGCAGGUGACUCAAGAGGACAUCCUGAGACAGCAGCAGAAGCACAUCGAGGAGCUGCAGAGGCAGCUUCAGGAGUCCCAGAUCCGACUCCAGCUGCAGCAGCUGCAACAGGUUCAUCUCCAACACCAGAAUCAGCAGCUGUUGCAGCAGUCCGUGGUACAGUCUACUGCUACAACACCAAUGAUGAACACCAUACAGAUCAGUAUAGCUGGCAACAACAAGUCUCCCCAGCUGCAGACAACUGCAGCCAAACCCAUUCAUAUUCCAGCUCAGCUGCUGCAGAAUGCCCAGACCAUCCAGACAACCAGCAAUCAGGCUAUUCCUGCUGUCAUUGUUACCAAUAGUGCAGAGAAGAAGCAUGUUAUUCCGGACUUCCUAAAGACUUCGUUGCAUGAAAGCCUGAACAUGGGCACGAGUAAGCCCAAAGUGUCUGUUGCUACGGCACCUGCCGGUGUUCAACAGCCCUUUGUCUUCACUGCUUCUUCAGUUAAAACCUCUAGUGCUGCUGUCCCUCCUAAUGGUGUUACUCACACAAGCAUUGCUGGCCGCAACUCCUUGCCCAACUCUCCGCUGGAUGGCCAGAAGGUGAUCACCAGGAGUGCAUCCAACCCCUUUUUCUCCCUCCCUAUGAAGGAGCCUCCCAAGUAUGAUGAUGCCAUCAAACAAAUGCAUAAUCAACCACAGACAAAUGCUGUGAUAUCCCAGGCCGAUCGUGGAUCGUCGCCGAACCCACCUGACCCAACAACAGUGUCACACAAGAGUCCUAUGAUGGACGAUGUUCUAGAGAUUCUUAUAAGGCAUGGAGAUCUGCCUCCAAGUGCAGCUACAGAACCCCUGACGACGCCAAAGACCACGGAGGCCAUGACACUGCCCAGUGUAACAGCAUCUCCGUCUGUGUCUCUCCCAGUCAACUCAGCACAGAGCUGUGGUGGCUUGAUGUUCUCUAAAGCAGAUGUCAUCAUGUCAAACACUGCCACAAACACUGUGACUGUCAACUCCUUGGGAUCUGCCCAUGAUGUGCCGAUUUGCGUGGUAAAGAACAUUAAGAAAGAAGUGCCCGAUUUCGUUGCCCCGGUAGUUGUGAGUUCCCCUCUGCCACCCUGCCCAGCAGACACCAACACAGAACUGCUUGAUCUCACAGAAAUGUUGUCUGCUGGCGAAUUAGGGGGAAUGGAUUGGACAAGUGACCAUAAUUUCUCUGGUCUGGAUUUGACAGACCCGACGCCAGUCUCUCUGGACACAAGGUUGACCAACAGUGACACCGGUCUCCUCAGUGUGCCUACUAGUUGUGCUCAAAAAUCAGGCAGCACUCACGGAUCUGAGCCCGACUUGGCAUCCCUUGGACUGAAUGACACUGAUGCCAACAGCAACAUGCAGAUAGACGUGUCUGAUUGGCUGGAUGUUAUUGUCCCGAGCACUGGGCUGACCCCACUCAGCACUAAUGCCCCAGUAUCAUUCUCAUCCGACCCCAUCCUAACUCCCAAGACACAACAAGAAGUGUUAGACCUGUUUAACUUUGACGAAGCAGACUUCAGCACUCCUACAGAUUCUCACUGUGGUUUGAACUGGGAGAAACUGGCCGAACCAAGCUCAAGUUAGUGGUCGUGUGUGAUGUAAUGCUGCUGCUGCUGCUGAUGUUAACGCUGAUGCCAGCCCGAGGGCUGCUGUGACCAGAUUAUGCCGAUUACUUCUAUUGGACCAAGUGCCUCCUCAGCACCUAGGUGGACUGACAGCCUGACAAGCUAGAGCCAGUGCACCUCCAGUGUAGGAUGUGUCUAGAUCUAGACUGCCCAGUGACUAGGAACUGCCAAAAGAUUAUGCUUGUGAUAUCGGCUCUCACUGUGUGUUGUAGGGCUGCGACAGCUGAUAGUCUUCACACUCUUGUACCACAUGUAUUACAAAUCUACUUCCUAACAGGUUUUAAAUAUGCCUCUUAUGGUUGCCUAUAGUUUACUAAAACACAGUGUGUCCCCUAUGUAUUUCUUGACUUUAUGGCAGUUUGGUUCACUGUUUAUUGGGUCCAUCAAAACGGAAUGUUGUUAUUUUUUGGUAUUUUGCAUAUAUCUGUGCUGUAGACACGUUCGUUCAUUGUGAGCAGUGGUCGUCACUGAACAUGUUCUGUUCUCAUCAGUCAGUCAUCUGCCUCUGUAACUAAGCAUUCCAUUCGUACUUCACUCUCCCUCUGUGUGAGCUGUGCAUGCACAAAGUAGAAGUUAGAGCUUGACAAUGAUGAUGUGUUAUCAACCUUGCGGGGACCAUGUAGGACGAAUCACACUAAGCUUUAUGGGCACUGACAGGAGGGCCUCGAAAUGGCAGCAACACUGGUUCAGACUUCAUCAAGAGUGGUUCUGCCAUCACUUCAUUUAAAGCAUUAUUCAAAUCCAAUUGCAGCUGUUAAUAAUAGCGAAAACAUGAAUUAUGAAGCAUCUGCUUCUCUUAGUUUCUUGUAACUUAUCAUAUCAUGUAGAGAUCAUUGAGUCAAGGACUCCAGAGCAAGCAUUUCAUCUGUGUGGUUCUAAUACGCAUCAGAAUUGACAGCAAUAGUACCAAGUGGCUGGUAUAAGUCAAUUGAUUGUUUGUAUUGCAUACAAGCCAUAUUGUCACAGCAUUAAUACCUUCCAAGAUGCUGGUCUGUAGAUAAAUCCCGAGUUUGUCCACACUAUCAAGUACCAUAUUGAUAAUCCAACCUUCCACUAGGUUAAAAACUUUAAAAACCUGUUAAGAAUAAUCUUAAUCAUAGAAAAUCCUUAAGGUUCUUAGGAAAGACCAUUAUCUGAUGAAUAUGGUCACAAUUCUCUUUCCCUUUCCCCCUAUACAUUCCUCAAAUGGACUCUUCUACCACUGUUAAUGAGAUGCCUUUAAGGGGAGUAAGGGGUGUUACCAGUACUACUCUAGCCAUCAUCGGUGCAAUUCUAACAUUCCCCAACUAGCUUUGUCACUAGCUGCAGCAUCUUCUACUUUGUGCAUAGUCUCUCAUAGCAUCCAUUUUCACGUAAGUUGAAGAAUCUACACGACUAUAUAAAUUUGUUAUGCAUAUCAUCACCAUGCCCUGUAAGCUCUACAUAAAGUCAGAUCACGUUCACAACUCAUUGGCAUCUAAAUAUGUUCUCAUCGUGACCAGUCAGUGCUCAAGACUAUCAGUUCCAUGUAAAUUAACUCUUUCUGGUCUUAUAUUCUUUAUCAGUAUUCUCCAUCUUUUUGGCUUUGGCCUAAAAUGUAAUACUGGUACAAAUAUAUACUAUAUCCAAUCAUAUCAAUUAAUUAUCUAUGUAUGUGGCAUAACAUCAGGCCAUGUAUAGUGACCUGAAAUAAUCGAUGAUAUAUACAAGUUUAUACAUCCGAAAUAUUGUUUGGUGAUUGUUCUCAGAAAGUCAAGUUUUUGUUUAUGAAUUAUGAAAUUUCAUCCUUUUGGGGAGAAAAAGAACAUGUUUUAUAAUAAUUGAUAUUACUUUUGGGUAUGACUGUCACAAUUCGUCUCAUUCCUUGUUGCUGUGAUAAACAAAUGUUAAGUUGUUACCAUCAUCGUCAAGGCAUGAAUAGCCUCUACUGUGUAGUACAGGUCCUACCAUGUCAUACCUUGUCAUACCUUGUCAUACAAUGUCAUACCAUGUCAUACAGGCCAUAUGAUGUUAUGCCAUGAAGACCAUGUUGUCUAGGUAAUAUAUGCUACUCAAAAGAAGUUAAAGAACAUCCCACUUAUUGAUAUGACUAUAGUUAAUCUGUCAUGGCUGUGGGUAUUGCAAAACACACAGCCUUCUAAUGUGUGUGUUCUUUAACUUGUUUGGAGUAGUAUACAAUGAUAUUGCCAUGUUCACAGAUGUUACUAUGUUUAACAGGUUCAUACAAUGUACUACAUAUGCAUACAGUGUACUACAGGUUACCUAGUGCUCAGAAGGCUCCGUACAUAUAUGGAAAUUGUUGUAGUGUGCAACAGAAUGUAUGAACUGUACUUAAGCAGUGACCCAACCUAUUGAUAUCAAUCGGACCUUCACAUGUUUUGGUAUUAAUGUGGUAACCAUUGUUAUGUGCAGUGAUCAGACAUGGGUUGAGUGCUAUAUAUGUGUCAGUGUUUCUCUAUCAUUGGUGACAAUGGCUACCUAUCAUGGACCCUUGCCAUUCAUGCCAGACGAUAGCUUGUGGACAUCUGUGACCGUGAAUAGUUUUUGUCAGUGUUGGGUGAAAACUCUUGAACUAAUACUGUUCAAACAGGAACAAAACUGUUGGCUAAAUGUAGAAGUACUUACUAGUGUCACUCUGUAAACCAGCAAGCCAACCUGUUUAGUGAGUGCUAGUAAACGGUGCAUGUUUAUUGAAACUAUGGGAACUACAGACCAUCUUACCCACAACCUUGACCUUGAGGAUCACAAGGGAGAUAACUCAAGACUGGAGGUAUUCAAGCACCAUUGUGAAAUAGUUCUGUGAUAUAAGCUUUUGGUGAAGAGUUGUUACGUAACGCGAUGGGUCAGUAAGUUAACAGUGAAUGAUCUGUUGUGUAGCAGUCACUAGUUGUUGUCUGAGGUGCCUCCAGAUGACUUGGGAAACCCCAGUGAAAACCAGGAACUGCAGACCUACGCCCGGCGGGACAAGUCCGGGUAAAACAUGUCCUGAUGUGAUUCAAUAUGCAGAAGUCCUCCUCAUUUAGCUGUAUGUGUCAAAUGAGUUGGUUUUGUAUGGUGUAUUUUUUCAUUGUAAUUAUUUAUUGUGAUUGAUGAGUAUAUUCAGUUGUAUAAACCUUUAUUAAUUGAUAACUUUUGCAUGACUUCUUGAGCGAGAUAUGUCUGUACAUUAUGUGUGUGGUUUGAGCUGAGUUUGGUUGUACCCAUGACAUACUAAAACCUUCAUUCUUCAUUCAACAUUGUUGUGUCUGUCUGUCUGUAGUAGGCCUGUCUAGUAUAGUCUUAGUUGCUGAAAGCCGUCCACUAUCGUCGCUGAUAAGCAAAACAUCGACCAAACGUUUCAUUAAGAUUAUCUCUAGCUCACUUCACAAAGUGCAUUUUCAUUAUUUGUGAUAAAGUCAGACAGCCAUCGAAAAUGGUUUAAGAUUGUUCCAUGCUGUUGCUGAUCUUUCGGUCUCAUCCCUGUCAUAACCGUGGUCUGCAAGACUGACCUCUUGGCAUUGUACCAUCAUACAGUGAUCUAAGACCACUGACCUAUGGCAUCAUACCAGUCAUACCAGUGACCCUGCUUGACCGUCAAAUGGUGUGGGGCAGUAGCAUAAUGUUAGGCCAGGCUUACAAGUCUUUCAUUGUCAGGGGAAAGUUUCCCACACGGAAAUCUACUUAAUUAAUGUGUCCAUGAAUAUUGUUUGAGUAGCAGUUUGACACAUCAUUCACUCGUAUUUCCACAUAGAGAAUAACUGCAAUAGUGUCAUGUUAUAAAUACCUGAUAUGAUUGAUCUGCAAAAUGUUCCUUUGUAUUUUCUCUACAUGUAUUUCCUUAAGAGCCUGUUUAAGAAAUUAGAUGAAAGUCACUGAAAGGAUUAUAGACGGAUUAUUUCGCUUGCAUUCUACACUUACAAAGUACAUUUCCUGUGUGACAGCACCCUCGAUUAUCAAGCGUAUUAUGUCUCCUUUAUAUAACCAUGCAUACCCUAGACCCAUGAUGUUACAAAUACGACAAUCAAAUGACACGAGUGAGAGAGCUUCUGUGCCAGGUUAAUGCUGGGAGAUAUUGUGAUGUUGCUUCCAAAGCCAAGCUUUUAUGGUGAAGGGGUCUAGGUAUUGGUUCUAAUAGAAUGGAGACAUACUACGCUGGAUAACCUAGGAUGGUGACAGUCCAAUCUUUAUUUCCUCCUCACCCAAACUUCCAUAAUAGAGAUUAUGUCAACGCUGUUUGCAUAUUAGUUCCUUGUUCAUACUGAUAAUGUGAUUUUCAGUUGUUCAUCUUUACUUACAAACCAUUGUCGUGUUCACCUAGAAUCUCAUUUCUUCCAUUCUGUCUACCUCUUGAAACUGUCUCCUUCAAGAUUAACUCACAAUUAACAAUUGGUUCUAAUUUCGAAACUGAUUUGAAUAGGGUACACCUUUCCACUUUCACAACUAUCUCAAAUAGCUGAAGGUCAGUUAACAUUGGUAAGUUUAACAUUGCGUAUUUCCAAAAUCUUCUUUUCUAUCAAGGAGCAUUAAAGUCAUUCUCUCUUCAUUUACUUCACGUUGUUCAAGAUGGUUGAUCGAGGGUAUUUCCCUGCACCUGACUCAGUCAAUACUGUGUAUGCAUACUGUUAUCACACCCUAACUCAUGUGAUAUAGGUAUAUCCACAUGACAUAUUCCAUCUGAUGUCACCUGACAGCAGAGACAAACAGCUAGCCUGUCCUUCUCGAAGGUAGAAUACUUCAGAAAUACAGUUUCAGUAUAAACCAUUACUCAUUCCAUCGAGGUGAGGUGACCUUGCUCCCGUCCUGACCUUCUUGUAGUGCCCACUAGGUUUAUGUUGUUUUACAUUCCACAAAACAUCGUCAAAUAUGGAAUAUUUUCCUAAGUUAUCAAUAUUCUCACCCAAGAAUAACCAACAGAAUCAAUUAAUAUAUUAACAUUGUAGUGUGUAUUAGAAGUUAUAAACAUCUGUAUAAUUCUGACAUUAUUUAUCAAUGGUUUAUAGGUCCUUCAUGCCUGUUUCCCCUUUGCCCUCACAGCACAGUUUGUAUGUGAGUGUAUAUGUAUAUAUAUAUUGCCACCUUGGACAUGACAAGGAGAGGCAAUUGUUCUCAUGCUCCAACAUCUAACAAUGUGAUGGAAAACAUACAUGUUUGAACAGGGCUGUAUCAGAAAGCACUCAGAGCUCUGCGACUGUCAAUGUUAUGGUCGUAGAGCUAGGAUUGCUUUGUGAACAGGGCCUCGAGAUGCAUGACAAUGCAACAUGGAGCUGAGAUUCACAAACUUUGAUUUAUGAGCACCAUGUUAGCUUUGUGAAUGUUCGGGACAAGAUUAUGUGAGCAAAACUGCAUGAAAUUAAUAAUUCACUUUUCUUUUUUGUAAAGUUGUCAACUGAUCUAUUCGGCAUUUUGGUGUUUGCUGUUGAGAAGUUGUUUAUUUUAGAUAUUUAGACCAAGGUUCUCAUCACUUUUAUAAAAUGUGUGAAAUUUAGACAUUUGAGUAUCUCCGAACAGUUGUCAUGUCUUUGUUAACCUGUAAGUGUUAGUGCUAUUUAUCCUGCAUGACUUAGCCAGUGCUUUUGUUCCUAUGUGGUUGUGUGUUGACGUCACUGUCAAUACCUUGCGCUCACAGUUGGAUUCCAUACAAUCAAAACUCUCUUUAUGAUAUGGUGCUAUUAUCCAACCUUUUCCUCUAACUCUUGUAGCAAUGGGUAUGUGUUUCAUUGUACAAAGUAGCUUAUUCACUGUACAGUACAGCAUCAUAGUGUCACAUUGUGAUCAUUCAGUAAUACAACAUUGCAUCACCUUGUGAUCAUACUGCUUACAGCUUAUACCAGUGAAUAUGUGAUAAUACAAAACUAGCCUUAUUUGCACUUUAUACAGAAAAAUCCAAACGUGAUAAAUAAAUCUGAUAACAUUUCCCUCAUAAUCAAAGAAUCAAUAGUUGGUAGUUUCUUUCAAGUGGAAAACAAAUAUUUUGAAUGAGAGAAGAUAAUUAUUGGUGUUGUGGAUGAGUGAAAUUAAGUGGGAUUAACUGAAAAAAAAAUGGAUCUUGUGCAUUGUUUUGUACAUUUAAGGCCCAGGGUUGAUUGAAUGUUACAUAUUCCUCCCUGUUCAUAUGGCUCAGGUCUACAACACCAGUAUUAUUAACCCUACAUUUUGUAGACUAGUUAGGUAAGGGUUAACCAGGCUGUAGUGCUGCACACUGUUGUCACUUGUUAAUUGACCUGCACUUUAUAUAUACAGCCUCUUCCAGUCCCGCCUUUCCUAUGCCAACUCAUCAUUGUUGAAUUUUAAAGUUUGGUUUUACGAUACUCACUUGUUAUUGUAUCUAGGAGGAUAAAAAUAUUUUGUGAACUAAAUUAGAUAUUUUUGAUUGUUGAAAAUGAGUGUUUUAGUGAUGCACUUUUUUUGCAAUUUGGUCAAUUUUGUAUCACCGAAAUAUUUGAUGGGUCUUGUUUGUGACACUGUUUCUUGAUGAGAUGUUAAGAGUGUGCUACUGUUAAGUCGCUGGUGUUUCAAUCAAGGCCAUCCCUAGUCAGUCUGAAGGUCUGACAACUUUAUUGCUAUUUAAACUUUGGAAGAAGCCAGGCUAACUCUUUUGUUUCAUUUAAUGGAUGUUCAAGACAAAAUAAUGCUGUGAUGUAAUGGGAAUACUGUGAAAACUGGUGUUUUUCACUUACUUAUUCAAGACAAAAUAAAUUUGAGACAAGCAAAUGUGGUCAGAAUUAUUUGGAAGCCAAAUAUGAAAAAGAAAAUUGUGACAUUUUUAAUCUCAGAAUCUGCCAUUGUAAGCUUCUAGUUUAUUUUCCUAUGAAACAAAAGCUGUUGAUGAGAUUUGGAAAACUAAAAUUCUUAACUCCAUAAAAUGAGGGGUAGGGAGUUGGUCUGGCCGAAUCUUAUAAUAUUGUAAGUCAGUAGCUGUGGACCAUAUGUUUAAUUUAGCUAAUGAUCCUUGACAAAUGUAUCUGAAUGAAAUCUUUAGAUUAGUUGUUAGAUUUUUAGGUGUUAGUUGUGAUAUCAAGUGGGAAAAACAUAUUUCACUAUAUUUGAAUAUAUGUGUUACUAUCCAUAGUGAAAUUAGACAGGAAAGAAAAUGUGGCAAUAUUCUGAAGAUGACUGGAAGAGCAUUUACUUCGUAGAUGAAACUUGUAACACUUCAUUCUUUCAAAUAUUGCAGUAUAUUCAUAAAACUAUAAGCAAUUCACCAUUGUAUUUCAUGAAACAAACACUUAACUAGUUCACAGACAUUCAACAUAAUAUCAACCCGAUUCAAUAUCAUAGUUCAUUCAUUAUCAACUCAUACAAAGAACUAAGAAUCUUAAAUCUAUUUUGUGUAUUUUGAUACUGUUAAGCCCUUGGGAUUAGUAUUAGCUAUUUGAAGAGCACCUGUAGCUGCUGUGUACUGCUGUUCAUCACCACACUGGCUGUGUCUGUCUGUCUGUCUGUCUGUCUGUCUGUCUGCAGUUGUCAUCUUCAGCAGAUUGGGCAACAGCCAGCACAUGCCUUUCCUCAGACUGUUUGUGUGACUUGUACAUAUGUUAACAGUGCAGUUGGCUUUGUAUAUGCAUCCAGAUGUGAACACUAUCUAGACCUUAUGAAAUAAAUGCUUGGUAUGAA